AUGAAGUUCUGCAGCUGCUGUUAUCAACCAGAAGUGUUUUAUCAAGAGGCGGGAUUGUACACUUAGUGGUGCAAGUUUAUCUUAACUGGAUGCGGCGUCUAUGUGUUUAUAAAGCGUGUUAAAACAUGGCGUCCAAAGCUGUUUAUUCGCAGAGAGACCCUAUGCUGAAGAAAAGAGAUGACUUUGAGGACAUUUUGGAGGAGAGGAGGAACUCCAGCGACCUGAGAUACGCUCUCAGAUGUUACGCUCCCGUUGUUUACAAAGGACUCUGUCCCUCUAAGGCCGGCACGCUGAAGAGCAUGGUGCUUCAGUCUGAUCAGCUGCACUAUGUCAUCCAUCAGGUUUGCAGAGAGACGGGCCGAGCUGUUGAUGACGUCCAGGAGGAGGCGUCCUCCAUCUUGGAGGAGAUGGCUCACCGCCUGCAGCUCAGCACCGUUCGAUUCUUCGCCUUCACACUCAGCAAAGUCUUUAAAACCCUGUUCAGGAGCAUCUGUGUCAAUGAAGAGGGCAUCCAGAGGCUCCAACAGGUGAUUCAGGAGCACCCGGUGGUCCUGCUACCCAGUCACCGUAGUUACAUGGACUUCCUGCUGAUGUCAUACCUCCUGUACACCUACGACCUGGCUCUACCUGUCAUCGCUGCCGGCAUGGAUUUCAUGGGGAUGAAGUUUGUCGGGGAGAUGCUGCGGAUGUCCGGAGCUUUCUUCAUUCGGCGGUCGUUUGGUGGAGAUAAACUGUACUGGGCCGUCUUCUCAGAAUACGUCAAGACCAUGCUGAAGAAUGGAUUUGCACCAGUAGAAUUUUUUCUAGAGGGGACCAGAAGCCGAACGAGCAAGUCUUUGACUCCGAAGUUGGGUCUGCUGAAUAUAGUGAUGGAUCCAUUCUUUAAAGGGGAGGUGUUUGACGUGAGCUUGGUCCCGGUCAGUAUCAGUUACGAGAGGAUCCUGGAGGAGUCGCUGUACGCCAGAGAACUGCUGGGUGUACCCAAACCCAAAGAGUCCACUUCAGGUCUGAUUAAAGCCAGGAAGGUCCUCAGUGAAGACUACGGCAGUAUCCAUGUCUACUUUGGUCAACCUGUGUCCGUCAGGAGUUUAGCUGAGGGCAGAGUUAACCGCUGCCAGUUCAACCUGAUCCCGAGACACAUCCCCAAGAAACCCAGUGAGGAUAUCCACAGCUUUGUGAACGAUUCGGCCUACAGGCUGGUUCGGGCCCAGGAGGAGAACAUGGUCCUGAAGCCCUGGGUCCUUCUGGCCUCCCUGCUGCUCCAGAACCAGGUGUCGGGGCAGAAGCGGGGGAUAGCGCUGGACGAGCUGACGGAACAAGCUGUGUGGCUCAGGGAUCUUUCCCGACAGUAUGGAGCCUUCCUCCACUGGCCUGAGCACACUCCUCCAUCGGAAGUCGUCUCUUCCAGUCUUUCCCUGCACCGAGGUCUGGUGAGGAUCUCUGAGGGAAGAGUCCAGCUGGCUUUGGGACAAACAGGAGGACCAGCUGCACCAGGGGAGCCUCGCAGCGCUGUCACCCCAGAGGAGGAGCUCCUGAGCCAGGCAGUCAUCAUACUCUCCUGUGCCUCGUACAGGAACCAGGCCCUGCACGUCUUCCUCCGUCCGGCGCUGCUGGCCUCGGCCAUCCACACUGCCUCCUCCAACAAGAAACAGGAGGUCUUCAACAGCUUCAGCUUCCUCAGAAACAUGUUCUCCAAUGAGUUCAUCCUCUGUCCUGGAGCUACAGUGCAGGACUUCGAGGAGGCCUGUUACCUCCUGGUGAAGACUGGAGCUCUGCAGGUCACCCAGCAGGAGGUCCUGGUGACGGAGAGAGGACACAGAACGCUGGUCUUCCUCACCUCCAUGUUAGAUCCCUUCUUACAAGGAUACCAGGUGGUGUGCAGGUUCCUGUGUGAAGAGGCCACCGAGGCGCUGACAGAAAAACAGUUUAUUCCCGCUGUCAGGAAGUUUAUCAUCAAACAUCUUCUAGCAGGUAGACUAAGAUACACUGAAGUGUUGUCGUCUGACCUCCAGAAGAACAGUCUGGCAGCUCUGCUAAGACUUGGAGCUGUACGGAAAAUCAAGGGGUAUCAGGGAACGUUAAAGGUCAACACAGUGAUGGUGAACUCACUGGAAGACACUCUAGGAGGAAAACUUCCAACUCAGAAAGCUGUGAUCGCUCGCCUCUAAUUCACCGACCUCAUUAGCCGAAGGAGAAGGGUUGACUCUUUUUACCUGCGAUGACGUCUCAGCUCGUGGUUCGGUACGAGGCGGACCGGCUCGUCACAAAGGCAGGCCAACCUAACUGCUUUCUAUGAGAGGUGGAACAAAAGCCAUCUGGAGACAGCUCAGUCCCUUUCAUCUCCCUUUCUCCUCUCCUCACCUCUCUUUUCAAAACGCCUUUUUUUCUCCCCGAGACUCUUCUAUUAAAUAUCUUUUAUACACAUACAUAAAACCAGAUGAUGAGUAGAGCCUUUGAGGGUUGUAUUACUUUUGGCUCAUUCUGAAUAACUAACCUUUGGCAGCCUUGUGAAAGCUUCUGAAUGUGCCA